AUGGCCACGACAAAUCUAACAAUCGGAAGGAAACAAACUGGGUCUUUCGAAGAACUUCGCUGCUCGUCCAUUCUCACUAGUGGAAUACACCAGCAUCUGAUUUGGAUUUCAGCUGUUAAUACCCUUCUUUCUAUCGUUUCUGUUAUUGGUAACGUUCUGAUCCUAGCCGCUCUCCGCAGGGAAUCUUCACUUCACCUACCAUCAAAACUUUUUCUCCGUUGUCUGGCGAUAAGUGAUUUAAGCGUCGGUCUUCUUGCAGAACCUCUCAACAUUGUCUACUGGAUGUCACUAGUCUAUGAAAACUGGGAUCUUUGCCAGUUCGCGUCGGCUGCUUCAUUUAUAGUGGGCUAUGUAUUAGCUUCGGUUUCCUUGUUUACACUGACUGCGAUAAGCGUAGAUAGAGUUCUUGCUCUGGUACUGAGGUUAAGGUACAGAUAUGUUGUAACUAUACAACGAACAUAUGUGGCCGUCGGUUUCUUUUGGGGAUUAUCCACCGCUGCAGCAGUAUCAUCCCUUCGUACGCACCUAAUUACCUUCUGGUUUAGCCGUAUAGGAAUAUCAGUUUGUCUAACAACGUCAAUUAUUGCCUACACGAAGAUUUUCGUCACUCUUCUUCGUCGUCGAGUUCAAGUUCGUGCUGAAAUUGAACAACCUGUGCCUAGCGAUCAAAGUGUGCUUAACAUUGCACGAUACAGAAAGGCAGUGUACUCUGCGCUCUGGAUACAGUUGGCGCUUCUUGCUUGUUAUCUUCCCUACAGUAUAGUAACAGCUCUGCUCAGUUAUAGAAGGCCGUCUCAGUUGUUUUUUCUCGCUUGGGUGAUGGCAGUAAGCUUAGUUUACGCUAAUUCAUCGUUAAAUCCAAUUCUUUAUUGCUGGAAGAUUAGUGAAGUGAGGCAAGCAGUGAAGGAGACGAUCAGAAAUUCUCUCUGUUGGAGAUAUUCAUAG